ACUGUGACGCUGGGACUGUCUUGGUUCUCCUUGUCAGGAAGAAGCCCUCCAGGCUGACUUCGUAGGAUGCGAGUACCCGCGGACUCUGUACUUCCUGCUGAUGCUGACUGAAACCUGUGUCCACCACUAGGAGCCUUGUGACCUAGGGGCGCUGACUAGAACCUUUUGGGCCCCGGUUUCCUCAUUCCCGGGGCUGCUGGGAGCACCCAACGCAGUGCUGGCCCAGAGCAGGUGUCCCGCCACGGUGGCCACAGUCAGACCCGGUUCUCAGGCACCCAGGCCUCCAGGGCAUUUGGGUUCCCGAGCGGUAAACGGCCGACAGAACGCAUUUCACGUGCACCCAGGUAGGUGAGGGAGCUUUCUUCUUCCUGAUUUCUUUCCACUUUCCUCUGAUAGACAUUUUAAGCAUCUGCAAAAGUAGGCGGAGGACGUAAGUGAACCUCGUGGUCAUCUUGGCCCCACCCCUUCCUUCCCUUCCCAUUUUGUGUGGAGCAAAUACCAGACAUAGUACUGUUUCAUCUAUAAAUAGUUCACUCUGUCGGAAGGUUCGGGGUAGAAUCUGGGAGCGUGGCCUUGCUGUCACCUCUGCCCGCCUCUACUGAGUCUCCUGCGAUGUCUUAAGAAUGCCCAGAAUGAGCCAACUUUUCAUAUUUUUCUAUUAAUGGUCACCUGUCACUCCUCGAGCGGCUCGUGCCCCCUGAAGGUGAAGAGUGGUUCGUGCUACUGCUGUGAGCUCUACAGGUGCCAGAGCACAGAGCACCCUCCCAUCUACUACGAGUUCGUGGGUGUGUGUUCCUGCCGGGACGUGCUGCACCUGUACCGGCUGCUCUGGGCCUCCUCGGUGCUGAACGUGCUGGGUGCGCUCCUGGGUGUCCUCACGGCAGCUGUCCUGGGGGCCUUCAAGGACAUGCACGCGCAACCCCUUCCUGAAGCCGGUCGCGGACUCCAGAGAGCGCCUGGCACACUCCAGCCCCCACAGGCCCCUCGCAUGAGCGUCGGCAGCCAGUGCCUCCCGAGUGCUAUGGGGAUUCGGUCAUGGCCAUUUUCAGGGGCCGAGUCCGCAGUGAAAUUACCGGAGCGUUCUACCAGGUCCCCUUAUCCCAGCUGGCUUACGGCCCGUCUGCUCCACCUCAGACCCUCUACAACCCUGCCCAGCAGAUCCUGGCCUACGCAGGCUUCUGCCGGGCGCCUGCGGCCCUCCUCACCUGCUCGUCCUACCCUCUGCCUCUCCAGGCUCCUUUGCUCCAUGUGGUGCUGGUGUGUGGUGUUGUCCAGACCUGGAGCCUUUUCUGACCCCCGUCUGGGUCCCGCGGAAGUUCGCCUCGGAGGCCUGGCCAGGAGCCUGGGGCCUGUGAGCUGCUCUUCCGGGGUAACCGCAGAGCUUGCCCUCAGCCACGCCUUGCCCACAGCAGCGGCCACCUCAUAGGGCCAACGCAGUAGGACACACGAGCCUGGGGACCCUUGUGGGCUGUUUGGUGGGGCUGAGACCUCGCUCCUGGAGUGCUGCUGGCCUCCAGUCCUGGCUUCAGCUUCUCUGUGUCAGCACAGCUCCGUCUAGGGCCUGGGGGAGCCACACACCAACCUGGCUGGUGCCUUGGCGCGUCCGUGAGGUGCAGAGGGGCCUCCCCAGUACAGCAGCACGAGGGGCUGGGAGCAGGUGCGGGAGGCACUCGGGAGCCCAGGACAUGGGGCGCAGUCGGCCUUCCCUGCCAGGGAAGGCUGUCACCCGCAGUCGGCCAGGGGAGGGCAGCUGGGUGUGAGCUGAGUGCACUCAGGCUUCCUGGCCUGGUGCUGUCUCCUCUCGCCUGGAAAAUGAGGCUCAUGGCUGAGCUCCCUGGUGUGGGCAGGGCCUCCAGUUCCUGGAGGGGACCCGACACUGACGUCUGUUUACCCAGCGUCUCCGUGGGGCUGUGCCAAGGGAGGCCUCCCCCUUCCCGGGAAGCAUGGACCAGGCCCCUGCGUGGGCACCGGCUCCUGAUCCCAUGGGGUCCAUGAGUGUGAGGCCCCUUUGAGCAGCCAGUCCCCAAGCAGGUGAGGCCUGGCUCGAGAGUGUCUUGUCCACCUCCGUGACACAGGAGGAACGAUCCCCCGCAGCGCUCAGCCCCAAGGGCGGGCACAUCCCACGUCCCUGGGCACAGCCUCCCCGCCAGCCCGGCAGCCGCACUCAGCAGCCUUCCCUAGAGCGGCACCACGUCUGCCUCCAGGCAUCCCUCUCGGUCCUCACCACGGGGAGGACGACAUCCCUUGCCCAUGGCCUUCGUCCUAAGGGCAGUGCUGUGCUUCUCAUCCCUUCAGUUUGCCGAGCCCAGACCGAGACCCACCGCUGCAGGGAGCCUGCCUCCAUAGCUCGUGGGCCGCCUUCGGGGACAGACCCUGGUGCAGAUACGUGGAGCCGAGUGCUGGCCGGAUCUGCCCGGUGUCACUCACUCAUCCACUCUGGGUGGGGGUAGGUGUGCCCCCCACGGCUGGGCCCCGCAUCCCGUCAGGGCACCUGCUCCCAUCUGACACCUCGCACCAGCUUGGCUGUGCGGACUGGGUGCACCCCAAGGGCCGGCCCUGACUCAUCCUGGGCACCCGCCGGUCCUCGGAGGUGGGCACUGCUGGGGGCUCUUCGGAGUCUGGGUCCUGAGCCCGGGGCCUCGGGCGGAUGUCUGGGGUAACAGUGCGUCUCCUCGGGAGAUGUGAUCCCUGUAGGGCCUGGCAUGGUGGUGGCCUGCGUGUCAGCCGUGGUGCUGGCCAGUGGGUCCGCCCCAUUCCAUCCUCGGCCACCGCUGGGGCCUCUGGCUUGUCCAAACACAGAUGCCCCCUCUUUGUCCCCCAGGGGAGGCCUGGGCUUUCCUCCCUGUGCCUCCUCCGCCGCUCUGACCAGCGUGUGCAGGAACAGCAUUAUUGAUGCACGGACCGUUGGAUCGCGAUGACUGGGGGCGCUCCUUGCGUCUCCUGGGAGAGACGUGGAACUGGGGCUGCGCUUCCAUGACCAACAGAGCGGGAAAGGGGGGUUUGAAGUGCUGUCACUGGCAGUAAAUUACCCCCAGAGAGCGGGGGAGUGGAUGGCAGGCGGGGGCCGUUCGAGCCGUUCGCUGAAAGUCCUUAAAAGGGACCCGGCUUCCCUGCUCCCAGUGGCUGCCCGGUUAGGACACACAGGAGGGGCUCAGCGUCCUGACGGGCGCGAACGGACGGAAGCAGAAGUCUGGCUGCAGCCCAAGAGUGAGCGGUGUCUCAUGUCCUUUCCCUGCGGGGCCACCUGUGGGAGCAGCGCUGUCCCGGGGACAGCCUGGUCACCAGAGGUUUCCCUCGUGAUUCACGGCAGUUUUCCUCAUGGCCUGCGGCGAUUUAACCUGCAGCUCAUGGGGGUUCGUGCCGUGGUCUGCGGUGGCUCACUCCAUGGCCUCUUAGCCUCUGACUUCCGGGGGAGAUCCGGCGGGCACGCGUGGCGACGGGAGAUCCCCGCGGACCGGAGACGAUGUUCUCUGGAGGACUGGUUUGUCUCCUAAGGUCAGAAGGAGAAACAGGUGGGCAGAGCCCCGGCCAUCGGACUCUGAAGCCCGUGCUGACGGCUCCACGUGGCCAGGCCCUCGGGUUCAGCCGCGGCUUGUGAGGAAGUUCCCCUUUGAGAGCGCUGAGGCCCCCCACCUGCUCGAUGCGGAGGGUCCCCGGCACCCAGGAGGGACGCGCCGGCCUCUCAGGGCCCCGGAUACCUGGCAGGGGCAGAGCGAAGGGACCGCAGUGCCGGUAGGAGCCCGGAGCCCCCAAACACGACGCACCUCCUGGAGGGACCUUCCCGCGCUUGGAUACUGCGUUUAAGUAGGCGUUUUUAAUCGUCCGAACGUGCGGGGAAGGAGUUCUAGAAGUUGUUGGCAGGUGGAGAAAGACUGGAAAUUGGUUGAUUUAAAAUCCGCGCCCAAACCCGCAUUUUCCUUCUCAGAAUCACUUUUACUCGGGUCUGCGUGUGUCAGUGUCUCCCAGCGAAACAGAUCCCACGGGACAUGUGCGCGUGCCACGAUGCAGAGACGGCUGCACAGAGACUGAGACACA